UGCAGCGCUAGCUCAACUGCUUCUCAGCUUCAUGUGAAAGACAAAUUCUUUAAGCAGCUCGCUGCUGGAGCUAUUCAAGGGGCGGUUGGAUCAAUAAUUCCUGGGGUGGUGCCGGGAACGAACAAUAACAUGAACGCCGCUGUUGCUGACCAAGCUGCUGCACAAACACCGGCGAUUCCUCCAGUUGAUGCAGGACUUCUUCAGCCUGGAGAAGGAUCUGCAGCAUUACAAGUUGGGGGAAUGUUGCCAGAUCUAGCAGCGCCAAUCAUCUUCAUGGAGCCGCCUCCUGUGUCGCACUCUCAAACAUUAGAUGCAGCGGAGGUUGCAGAGACAACCCUCGCGCUGAUUGGUGAUUAUUCAAGUCCGGCCAUGAAAGCAGUGCGGGAAUACGAAUUGAAACAGCUUGGCAAAAUAGCAGGCACAACAUUAGAGCAAAUUCGGAAAGAAAUCCGAGAAACCGAGUCGGCAAUCGAGAAAAGGAAAAAGGAACGGGAUGAAUUGACUAACAAGUUAAAGGAAGAUGGCAGGCAACUUGCGAAGGCUGGGAAUCGACAACUUGAACUCCAAGCGACUUUCACGAAUGCAGAAAAAGAGGAGGAGGACGAAGAUGAGAUCGCGGAAGAAAUGGAAGACUAG